CGCGGCUUGGACCUCUUGCGGCCCGGCAGUGAGUUUCCUGCGUGAGCAGCGGCGGGGCGUUCUGCAGCGCCGGGGCGGGCGAAGUUCCGCGCCCCCACUUUGCCGCCACCUUUGCUGGCCCGCCGGCGGGUGCGGUCGGCGAGCGUCUGCUCUGGGCGGAGGGACGCCGUGCCGCCGGAGGGAGGGCUCCGUGUCAAUUGUUUUUUUGUGCGGCCGCGGCUGGAGCCUGUGGCGCGCGGGCGGCCAGCGCGGGGACCCCGGCGUGGCAGAGCCAUGGAUGGCCCGGCUCGGGGCCAUGGACUCCGCAAAAACCGACUGUCGCAGCGAGACCGGGAGAGGUGCUCCCGGGGCGGUCUGGGGGCCGGCGCGGUGGGCGGCGGCGGGGCCGGCCAGACCGGGGGCCCUCGCUUGCCUAGUCGUCGGGCUCCGACAAGGAAGACAAUGGGAAGCCCCUGUCCUCCGCCUGGUCCCGGCCCAGACCCCCGCGGAGGAAGCGGCGCGAGUCCACCUUGGCCGAACAGGACAUCAUCGAUGGGUUUGCCGUGACCAGCUUUGUCACUUUUGAAGCGUUGGAGAGAAUUUGGAUGGAGAGACCCAGAACUGCCCGAAGUGAUCCAGAUGUUGCAACAUCAGUUUCCUUCAGUGCAGUCUAAUGCUGCAGCCUGUUUACAACACCUCUGUUUUAGACAAUAAAAUUAAAGCUGAGGAGUCCUGUGGAACCUCUCGUCAUAUGAUGUACUCAAAAUGCCAAUCAUCCAGGACGCCCUGGAAGUAUUGACCAAUGUGGUGAUUAUCCCCCACUCAGGCUGGGAAAAUUCACCUCUUCAGGAUGAUCAGAAAAUACAGCUGCAUUCAUCGCAGGUGCUGCGCAAUGACACUGGGUGCUUCAGGCAAAUACGCCAUGCGAGACCUGGUCCACAUGUUCCUGGAGGGAACAACAGCAACAAUUCAGCGAGCAAGGCCAUGUCCAAUGACACGGUGACUGCCAUCUGCUGCACCCUGCACGAGGUGAUCACCAAGAACAUGGAGAACGCCAAGGCCUUGUGGGAUGCAGGAGGCAUCAAGAAACUGGUUGGCAUCUCCAAGAGCAAAGGAGACAAUUCUCGGUGGACACAACAUCUUUGUUUGUAUGUGGUGCUGAGGAUCGAUCCCAGGCCGCACGCAUGCCAGGCGAGCGGACUACCGUUUGAGCCACAUCCCCAGCCCAAUAUAGAUGGAUGUUCACAAUAUCACUUUGUAGCCUCAUCUUCAACCAUUGAGAGGGAUCGGCAAAGGCCCUACUCCUCCUCCCGCACACCCUCCAUCUCCUCUGUGUGUGCGUGUCUCCCAAAAACCGCUCAGGGUUCAGCACAACCAGUCCCCCAGGAGCCCAGCAGAAAGGAUUACAAGGCCUACCAGCCAUUUCAGAACUCCACGAGGAAUUACAACGAGUCCUUCUUUGAGAACCAGGUCCACCACCGCCCUCCGGCCAGACCAGUGGACAUGCCUGGCAACUACAUCGACUUCUACUCGGCAGCCCAUCCCUACAGCGAACUGAACUAUGAAAGGAGCCAUGACCCGGCCUCGCCCGACUCCUGGGUGUGAGCUAGCCAGGUGCCCGGAGCAGUGCAUGUGCAUGCAGACACCAGGAGACAUUUCUCCCCUCCCGCCCUGCAAAUUUAGUUUGUUGAAGCCUGUUCCAUAGGAAGGCUGUGAUAACCAGUAAGGGAAUAUUAAGAGCUAUUUUAGAAAGCUAAACGAAUCAGACGUUAACUCAGUAAUCAGUAGAUCCUAAACACAACAACGGGUGACACUAUUCUAGUCUGAGCUGUAGGGUUUAAAGAGUGCUUUAUAUGGAAGGCGGCAGAAGAAGGAGGGAGGAGAGGGCCGGUGGUGGGGUGUGGAGGUUAGUUAAGCUCAAGACACAGAAGAGUUUACACACUUAUGGGGGACGGCUUCUCACGCUUUGUUUACUCUCUUCAUCCAUUGUGACUCUAGGCUUCAAGUUGCAUUGGGGUUCCUCUGUAUAGCAAGAUAUUUCUUGCCUUUUGUUAAUGCAUUGUUGUAAAGUAUUUGAUGUACAUUACAGAUUAAAGAAGAAGAGCGCAUUGUGUAUAUUACACCAA